AUGCAAUACAAAGCUUGUCUCUCGGAUCUACAGUAUUGGAAAUCGUGGGUUGAAACUUAUGGAAUUCCAAAGAAUGUCCUCGAAUCCCGAAAAUCGCCGUCUACAGUACCCGCAAAACGUAAGUUGUGGACAUCUGGACAGACAGACAACCCGGAAUAUUUUUUUGCAGCGAAGCCUGGAAUUGAAAACAAUGAGCCAUUCAAGAAGAGUUCCAAUAAUCCUAGAGUCCCGCUUUUGGAUGUUCCAGUGCAUCGUGGAAAACUCCUGAAGCAGAGCAAAUACAAAGAGUAUUGUGAGUACUUUUGUAAGGUGCUGAAAGAGAAACAGUCGUGUGCUGAAACGGAAAAAUCGAUAAAAUGCAUCUGUUUUCAUUGUCCUGGAGAUACACGGAUCACGACGGUUAUGGAACUGUUACAGCAUGUUUUCAAUAGCAAACAUGCUGAAAAUAUCCGAUUCCUUGCCAACAGAGAAGACUUCACAUAUCACGAAGACAUCAUCCGGAAAAUGCCACGCAUUCAAACACCAGCAGCAGUUAGUCGAACUCCUGCCAUUAGAACCUACAGUACCUUCCAAAAUCUGUUUUCUUUUAGGAUCAACAUAUUUGAGUCAAUUGAAUUUGAUAUGAUAGAAAAACUCAAGAACUACAAAUUUGGACUACUGUAUCCAGUCUAUUUGGACUACUGUACCCAGUCUAUGAACAGAGUUACAAGCCAUAAAUCGUCUGAGCUACGCGCCCACAGUUUUACGGCUUGUAACUUCGUUCACAGACCAGCUACAGUAUUCAAAAUACUGACAUUUACUGCCUAUGUUGUAAGACCGGAUUACACACAAGGUGGACAGCGAAUACUAAAUUCCACUCCACCAAUGAUAGCCCCAAUGUCAGCUCCGAUUCCCACAGAUCCUGUUCAUCGAACUGUCUCUGCAACUCCCACGCCAACGCAAACACCACGCACACUCUGCAAACUUCCUUGUUUUGGCUUGCGUCCUGUGUACAUGUCCAAAGAGCGCACAAAACCAACGGAAGCCCAAUUAUCGUUUAUCAAUGGAUUGACUAGUGACGGAGGCACCAGCGGUCUUCCAUAUGUUGCCGAUGGGACAUACUGUGGUUGCUGUGAUGAGGAUAUGACUGGUUGGGAUGUGGUUCGCAUCGCUUGUCAUGUGUUUUCAGACAGUCAUCUUCGAAAACUUGCCAACCUUGUUUAUGUUUGUGAUUUUCAACAUUGGAUCGACAUGAUUGAACGACGAGGUUUGGCUUCUACUCCUCAAGCUGCGAAACCUGGAUCAGUAUCUGCUCAAACCGUCACACAAAGUUCAAUUGAACAACGAACACCACAUUCCGCCUCUGUUGUGAGACCGGACCCACCGAUUGUUCGACAAAGUGUAGUUCAACGACCGAUACCACAGGUGGUUCGUACACGCUGCACCCUUCCUCUAUAUGUCUCAUGCCCUACAAUAGACCCUACCGGACCAUUUAACAGUCAAGUUUCAUUCAUCAAUAGAGUUGCCAUUCGAGGAAUCGAAGCCACUCGUUCAUAUGUUGCCGAUGGGACGUUCUGUGGCUUUUGUAACGUUGACAUGACGGGAUACAAUUUGAUUCGAGUCGUCAAACAUGCGUUUUCAAUCAACCAUCUUCGAAAACUGGACAAUCUUCCCCACUUAUCUGUUUUCCAACAUUGGAUAAUCAUGAUUGAACGCAGUGACUUCGUUUUAACACCUCAAUUUACAUCGUCCCCUCUGCAAUUUAAAUCGUCCCCUCUGUAUACGUUACUCGGAUUGAAAUCAAUGAAAGCAGCGUUGAAUGACUUUGAUGUGUUUUCCAACUUUUCACCAACACAAAUGGAACUGAUUUCAAAUGUGGACAUGGCGAAAAUUGAACAAUGUGCGGAAUUGUUGAAUGAGUUCGGUGGAUGUAUUUACUGUGAAAAAUGGCUUUUGACUGGACGAGAAGUUUUCGAGCACUGGAUUCCACAACAGCAUUUUUUGAAGAUCCGACAGCAACAUCCAGUUAGUCGGCGUCGUAUGGAUAUAUUUAUGGAAUAUGCAUCAUCAUGUGAAAAUAACGUCGUCGAUGGUAUUCAAAAUUUUGCUUCAUAA